AUGUCUUCGGUCUCAGAUUUUUGGGAGCAUCCCUAUUACAAAUUAGGAAAAAGAGUGUCUUAUUUUGUGGCUCAAUGGCCUUACGAAUCUACUAGAAUACUUCUCGUACAUCGCACGGUGAUCUUUUCUUUUCUCAGUCUGCAGUAUGCAUCACAGAUAUCAGCUGCUUGGAUAAAUCGAUAUAAUUUAGAAAUCCUGAUGGAGUCUCUCGCCUUUUUUAUUAUAGAUAUAGGUGUGGUAGUAAAAUACGUCAAUAACUGUUAUCAUUGUAAAACAGUAAGAUACAAUUUGAUAAUUCAUCUCUUGGAACAGAUCAAAUAUAACUGGCAAAUUCUGCCAAAAAAUAACGGACUCCAUCAGCUCCAUAAUCAUAGUGCUUUUGCAGAGAAAUUUGCAUUAGUAUACAUGCUGCAAAUGUGGCUGAGUGUUGUCCCUUACGCAAUCGAACCAUUGGAGCAGAGGCUUGUUUAUCACUUUCUAUAUCCCAAUAUUACACUACCGAAAAGAUUCUCGAUGCCGCUGGAUUUCGGUCCAAUCGACGUAGAUACUUGGUAUUAUUAUCUUUGGUUCGGAACUGCAUGUACUAUGGGUCUAAGUAUGACCAUGCUUGGUGCCUGCGAUCUGUUAUUAUUCAUAUUUGCAGAACAUGCAUGUGGACUUCUCAGCGGUUUGGGAUACGCAAUUGAACAUCUGCCACAUUACGAUGAGUCUGAGAGCAUUGACUACAGUUUUCAAUACAUGAGAAGCUGCGCAGUAAUCCAUUCUAGAGCUAUAAAUUUUGCAGAACACAUCAGACAGAUUUACCUCUGGUCCUUCUUCGGAAUCAUUGGACUCAACAUGUUCAUAUUGAGCGCAACCGGUGUACAGGUAAAAAAGUCUAUGCGCGAUAUGGAGAAACUUCUCAAAUUUGCUGUGAGCCUGGCAGGCCAGCUGUUGCAUCUUUUCGUCGAGUGUUUCCUGGCGCAGCGAGUGAUGGACGCCAGUUUUAACCUCAUGAAGACUCUGACAAACUCGAAGUGGUAUGACGCUUCUCUUAAGACGCGUAAAACUAUACCUCUGAUGCUUAUGAGAGCUCAAAGUCCAGUGAUUUUGACUGCUGGAACCCUGAUUCCUAUGAACAUGAAUACUUUUGCUGUGGUGGUGAAGACUGCAGUAUCUUAUUUCACAGUAUUAUUGGCUAUGCAGUAG